GCGAUAGGUUCGAACGGUCGACUUGUCUAAAGUCUCUUUGUCAAGGCGACGAAGAGACUUACGAGCCUCCGGGUUGAGCUUCUCCGGAUCCUCGACACCUUCUUUGAAUGCCGGCUCCAUGGCAUCCAAGUCACUGCUCAGCGCAUGCUUGCCAAUGAGCAGGACCUCUCUCGGCGGCGUGGGCGUAGGUUAUGGCUGUAGGGGCGGCGGCAGCGGAAGCAGCCAGGUCGAUCAGGGGAAUGCCGUCCCCUCUGGCAUUGCCCUCUUCUAUAUCCCUCUUCCCCCCUUCUACCAUCCCUGGCGCUGGAGCCAGCGCCUUCAAUUCUCUGCCCCCCUUUUUACCCCCUUGUAACGAGCGGGGAUUCCCUCAACCACGGCAACAAUGGACCCAAUGUGAACCAUAACUAGCA